AUGCAAUUGGCUGCACUUGCAGCGCAGAGGAGUAAUUGCAUGAAGAGAAGAGUAGGCUGUGUACUUGUCCGUGAGCGCCGUGUAAUCAGCACCGGAUACAACGGUACCCCUCGACAUCUCACCAACUGUAAUGAGGGCGGAUGUCCACGAUGUAAUCGUGGCGAAAGAGGGGGCGUUGGCCUAUCGACUUGCCUUUGUCUCCACGCUGAAGAAAACGCCUUGCUGGAGGCUGGCAGGGAACGCAUACGCGAAGGCUCAAUACUCUAUUGCGAUACGUGCCCUUGCUUAACUUGCACUGUCAAGAUCGCUCAAGUUGGUAUUUCGGAAGUCGUUUAUUCCCAGGGAUAUAAUAUGGAUCAAGAAAGUGCUGCAAUCUUAAAGGCCGCUGGAGUAUGCCUGAGGCAGUUCUCCCCAGUGAGUCACAUAUUACAAAAAUCAAUAGUGACCCAUGCUAACAUGGAAUAA